AUGCGGCGGAGUACGCGGUUUGUUAGCGAUUCUCUUCAAUUUACGGGUAUAGAUUUGGGUGAUCGGGACAGCGGCACACAUCGCCGCCGACAGUAUAGCGAUUCGGAAGAUGACGACGGUGAUUCUACUUCGAACGAUAGUGAUAGCGGGGAUGACAGCGAGAACAGUGACGACAGUGACUAUCUUGAUUUGUCAGGUCUUUCUCCGGAGGAGAGAGAGGAAGUGCUGGUUCGAUCGGCCAUGCAGCGGAUCAAUCAGGCUCAGGCCAUGGGCCUGGCGAAUGUUCACCUUAAAAAGGAUGAGAUUGAAGCCCUGGCACAGCGGCGGAAGCGCAUCGAAGAGGAGGAGGAGAGGGCGAGGCGCAAGAAGAAGCGACACUCGGGCAGCGGCAGCGAUCGAAAGAAGAAGUCUGAGCAGCGCAUAGCUGUACCACUUACACAACUCGCACCGACCUCGCGCAAGAAGAAGUCAUCACUUUCGUCAUCAACGGAAUUUCCUCCGAGGCAAGACUCCUUGCCCCGACAGAUAAGUUCCAGCGACCUACCGCCAGACGGUCGCGACCGGCAAGGCUACCCGCCCAUGGGAUACUUCCCACCCCCUUCUGCAUCUCGCUCGCGUCCUCGAGCCGGGACCACUUUGUCGCAACGGCCGCCAAGUCGCGCUCACGAUGAGUAUGAGUACAGCUCGUCCAGGCCGUCAUCUGCCAACCGACCACGCUCAUCUAGGGGCUCUCCCCGCGACGAGGCUUCAGUGCUCAGCAGCUCUCGCCAUUCUCAACUCAAUCCAUUCCAGUACCAAACCGCAGGUCCUCGCGCAGCCGCCUCUGCUAGACGGCAUGCGUCGGGUCCUUCCGAGGUGAUGUACGAGCAACGUCGGGGACCGGUGACUCCCGCUGCAGCCAGGAGUCGCCAAGGAUCCAGGCGGCCCAGCUACGAUGAGGCCACCAGCGAAGACCAGAGCCCGAGCAGCGAGGAGACCAGCAGUGAUGACCGUGGCGGGGCGCCAAUUCGGGAGCCGGUUAGUAAAUCCAGGGGAAGGGGGAGAAAUUCCACCAUUGUGGUGGAGGAGUCGCCUGAACGCGUGAAGAGCAAGAAAAAGUCGUCAUCGCCGGUGAAGAGGAAGCAGGUUGCGGGGAAGAAGAAGAAGAGGUGA